AACAUUCAUCUUAUCGUACAAAAUAUCUUUUAUAAAACAAAAAAUUCGAACCCAAAAUGAAAGCGCGACCGUUUAUUCACAUAAAAUUUUCUUGAAAAUGAACAUUAACCCUUAACCGUCCCAAACCGCAAUUUUUCCCCAAAUUAUCAUUACUAAUUUGCACUCUGUUAUACACUAAUUAUAUCAUUAGAAAGUGAUCCCCAUGGUGUUGUUGACUCCCCCCCUCCUAUUUUUAGUCUCCUGGGAAUUUUCUAUAAAGAGGUUGAAAUGACCAUUUUACCCUCCUUUCUUCACUCCCCCGGCUCGGGAAAAGAGAACCUCGUGCUCGUGCCCAAUACUUCCCUAUCUCUGUCCACCUUUUCUCUGCAACGCAUUUUCCCGCCAAAACAAAAAAGCUGCAUUUUUUUUCGUUUAACAGAAAAUAAAAAAUAAAAGAUGCUUCUUACCACUCUCUCCUACGAUUUUUCACUGCAAAUCUCUGUUUUUUCACCGCGCAGAGAGAGAGGGAGAGAGAGAGAGAGAGAGAGAGAUGAAUAGCUCAUCAAAGGUGAUAAUGGCGGCCACACUGGUGAUGGUGGUGAGUCUCGCCAUGGUUCUCGGCUUAGUCUUGGUACUAUUAGCCGAACUCUACUGCUCUCUCUUGCUCCGCCGUCGUAGCCGCCGCCAAAGCAGCAGCAAUCUCCCCACCACCGCCGCCGUCUCCGCCGCCUCCGGGAACCUUUCAACCGCCAUUGAAAUACCCAAUCCUCUAAACAACGUUUACACCCAAGGCGUUCUUCAAACCCCGACAAGCAUGUUCCAAACCAAAACCCAUUUGUCUGAACGCCACCAAGUUCUCGAUGAAUCUGCCUCACAAGCUUCUCCUGAUCUGAUCCGAGAAAUCCAGGUUCAGCCCAUUGUUUCCAAUUCCGAUUCCGACAACCCCGCGACCUGCGUUUCAGGAGAUCAUUUCAUUUACAUAUCGAACCCGAUCUACUCCAACGACGGUACGAGUAAACCGGACACGCCAUUUGAAACGCCCGAGUCGUCUCCGUCGCGGCUCGAGACCGGCGACUCGUCCUCUGGCGAAGAUUCCGUUGUGGUAACUCCAGAGUUAACGCCGAUGAAGGAACUUCCGGAGAAGGCUUGCUCUGUAUCGUUGAGAGAUGCGAGGUCUUUGGAAACCUCUGCGAGUGAUUCCAAUAGCAACAAUGGCGGUUCGUUUUCUUCGUCCGGUUCACGGUGUACUUCUCCGUCGUGGUAGGGUUUAUGAUUUCAGGAUUCUUUUUUUUAAAAUAAAAAAAUCCGUGGUGUAUUUGGCUUUGGUUUUUGGAACUUGUCUGCUUUUGGGUUGCAGAGCUCGAACAUGGCUCUUUGACCGAAGCCACGCCUGUAGCAGCAGAGUUCCAUCUUGCGUCCUUUUCUGAUUUUGUUUUUCUCCUUAAUAUAUAAAAUAAUUAGUUUGGGUA